CAGCAGAAGAAGUUAGCAUUACGUUCAGUACGCUGCUGCCUCUCAGCGUACGUAUCAGCAGCCGGUAGAUACAAGUCUCUAUAAAAUUCCUCAAGGAUUUUUUUUCCAACACUAAGAUCUGUUUAUUUUCUGUUCUAUUUAUUUGUAUUUAUCGAUUUAUUUGGAUCUUUAAAGGCCAUUGAAAGGAAGCCGGAGAAAGAACCGAGGACGAGAGAGACUGAGAGUUGUGUCAAACAAUCCCUCUGGUCUUCAUCCACUCUGCCUUUUUUUGCUCUUUGCCAGGGGAGUUGUUGUUUUCCGGGCGCCAAGGAAACAUGAGCUUUCUGUUUGGAAGCCGUUCAUCCAAGACGUUCAAGCCCAAAAAGAAUAUCCCGGAGGGUUCUCAUCAGUACGAGCUGUUGAAACAUGCAGAGGCUACGCUGGGAAGUGGAAACCUGCGCAUGGCAGUCAUGUUGCCUGAGGGUGAAGACUUAAACGAAUGGGUCGCAGUUAACACCGUGGAUUUCUUCAACCAGAUCAACAUGCUGUAUGGCACCAUCACAGACUUUUGCACAGAGGAAAGCUGCCCAGUCAUGUCUGCUGGUCCUAAGUAUGAGUACCACUGGGCUGAUGGAACCAACAUCAAGAAGCCAAUCAAAUGCUCUGCUCCAAAGUACAUUGAUUACCUCAUGACCUGGGUGCAAGACCAGCUUGAUGAUGAGAGUCUCUUCCCAUCAAAGAUUGGUGUCCCCUUUAAGCGGAACUUCAUGUCCGUGGCAAAGACCAUUCUGAAGCGCCUGUUCAGAGUCUACGCCCACAUCUAUCACCAGCACUUUGACUCUGUCAUGCAGCUGCAAGAGGAGGCCCACCUCAACACGUCAUUCAAACACUUCAUCUUUUUUGUUCAGGAGUUUAACCUCAUUGACAGGAAAGAGCUGGUCCCACUACAGGAGCUGAUUGAAAAACUGACAACUAAGGAUAGAUAAACAACAGCCUGUUCCUUAUUUUAUUGGUCUUCUAGUUUUUGCACAGAUACCCACCCCACCCCUGGCUGUACGUAUGCAGUAUAUACUAUAUUUCCAUUUGGGGAAAUGUUUUUAAAAAAGGGGGGCCAGGAAGCAGGAAGGGUCUUGAUAGGUUUAUGGCACUAGAACUAAUGCUAUCAGGGAUAACACACUUGAUAACACACUUAACAUAGUAGAAGAAAAGGUUUUAGCUCUAUGAAUAAAUCCCAGUAUUCAGUCAUGGCUCACAUUUAUGAUGGUAUAGACAAGUUUCCUGUUACACUAUGUUUUUUUUGUUUCCCCCCACUUUGAUUUAUUAUUUCAAACUUUCUUGCAGGGGAUAAUACGGUCUUUAAUAAAUAGUAUGGUAUUGUUGCGGUUACGGCAAGAAUUUAAGCCAAUUCAGCAGCAAUGGCUUGUUAUUUUAUUCACCAAGCUACGUGGAAGGAGCUCAGUGGCACUUUGCUGCUCUUCACAUCUGUAUCAGCCCACAUCUGUCAAUACAAAAGAACCCUAAGUGCCUAGCAUGGCUCAUAUUUGCCCUAUAUCAACAUUGAGAACUGUUAAAAGUUAAAGGCCAUAGAUCACUGACGCACUGGACACCUGAACACAGCCCAUUUCUUUUUGUACUCUAAUCCUGUCUUUUCUCUCCUCAUCAAACAUAUCCUUGCGUCUCAUUGCCACCUGCGCGGUGCAGGUUAUGAUUAAUGAAUGUUUUGAAGGUUGUAGAAAUGAGGCUAGAAUAUUAUUUAUUAUAAUAUUCUAGCCUCAUGAACUGAAAAUGAACUCCCCUUUAUUUGAUCCUUUUCUAGUAAUAUAUUCCUGUGUACUAGUUUCUUCCCAAAAAUGUAAAAUAGAGACACGUUUUCAUAGAUAUCCGUGAGGGAUCUACAGCCUUCAAGUGUAUAUUAAGGUCAGUAAAUUGAAGUAGGUACGUCUGUCACAGCUUCCUCUGUUUAUAGAACAGCUUUUCCAAUUGGAUUUUCUGAGGCAGCCCUUGUUCUCAAUAGCCAUAAAGCACUUUGAACAGUUUCCCUGACUUCUCUUUGCCUGAAUGUUUAUUCUGCAUAGACUGUGCUUUGUGAGAAGCUGUAUCAUGUGACUGACCGUGGUUUGUUUCCUCUCAUAUUUCCCUAAAUGAAUGUUGAAAUGCUUCACCUCCUCUGACACGAGCUGUAAGCCCGCACAAGUGAGAUUUCCUAUGCUUUUUGUACGGUUUGAGUCGUUUGUUGCUGUGCUCGAAACAGCAGGUGCAUGCACCCUUCCCAAAUCUGAAGUGUAGUUUACUAUGCAAUAAUUGACACAACACUAAAAUGUUUACCAGAUAGCUCAUUCAAACUUUAUAUCCAUGGUCAAUUUCCUUUUUUUUAGUGCUUACAUUCUGAUGUAAACCCAUCAUGACAAAACUACUUCUCAUGUGGGUUUACUUUGAGAAAAAGUGACAUGAACAUUUUAAUGAACAUUUUAUAUCGGAUGUGUGACGGAGAGGUGUAGAACAUGUGUAAAUACAGAGGCUUAGACCUGUCUUAAUUAGUUUCAGAGAGCAGAGAGUGCUAACUCUUGGUUAAAAGAAUGCAUUGAGUCUUUUUCGAGGCUGCGUCCCCUUCCCCCCUGGUUUGCAUAUAAACUUUACUUUGUUUUAACUGUUCCCCGUCUGUUUUCACUUGAUACAAUGAAUGUUACUGCUCGUCAGAUAUCUGAAGACAUAAUAUAAAAUUGGUCAUCCUGAGAGCAUCUCAUGUUUGUGAAAUGCCCGCAAAGUUUUUCCUCCUCCAGUGUAAUAAUUGAUGAUAUGUUUGUAUAUAAAGGCUUGGUAGGGGUUUUCAAUGCUACUGAAUUGAUUUAUGCUGUUUACAAGACAAAUAAAGGCGGUCUUGACUCUUUGAA